UCUUUUGUUAAAAUUUAUUGAAAAUGUGGGUACUAGAUAGUAUUUAUGCAGAGAUCUUGUCAUUCAGCAUCAUCGAGACGCUGUUCUACUGGGGCCAAACAUGGGCCUUGCUUAGCUAUCUGGGGUAUUUCCUGCCAUACAAAUAUGGGUGUAAAAAGGAGACUAUUGCCAUAAGUGGAUGCAUCCCCCUCAUGUUCCAUGGUUUGUUAGUCCUAGUGAGCUGCUACCACCAGCUGCUGACCGGCGUGAUCCAGUUCGGACAGGGGAUGUCAGAUUUUCAUAAAUUCUUAUUUGAGAUAUCCUGAUCGUUCUAUAUUAUCGACACAGGUUUAAUGUUUGCUCUUAAAAGAUACAAAAUAGAGAUUUUGAUCCACCAUGUGCUGGUCGUUGUCGGCUUUUGCACUAGCUUCUGGACUGGAUUUGGAAGCCAUGAGAUUAUUGCAUGCAUCUGAUGUACAGAGCCUUCUAAUAUAGUGAUGUAUGGCAGAUACAUUCUCAAGCAGAUUGGCUGGAAAGCCUCUCGGCUCUACCUCAUGAUCGAACUACUCUAUUGUACUGUGUUCAUCAUUGGAAGACUCUGAUUUGGAAGUUACGUAGUGUAUAACUGCUGGGAAGGCGAAAAGUGACCGUUGCUGGUCUCUCUCACUGGAACAGGAGUCUUGCUUGAGUCGGUUAUUCAUGUAUACCAGAUGCCUGGAAUACUGAGAGAAAGUAUCAAAGAACACAAUAAGGCUAUCAAAAAGGCAGUCUAGAUAUUCAAUCUUUGGAGAGG